UGGUACUGUGGUAUUUUAAUUACAUCCCUGUUGAUGUUUUUGGUUUUGGGAUAUUGUGUGAUGAGGAAACCUGUCAAGGAAAGUUAUGUUACAAGUUCUUUCUACUUCAAUAUGACAAAUCCUCUUGAAUGGAUAAAUGCUAUGGCUCCUCCGGCAGCUCACCAUCCAGAAACUAUUACUCAAGUAAUAUCUGCUGAAAUUGUUGUCUCUGAUCUUUUUAUUGAGAGGAACCUGUCAGCUCAGGAGCAACAAUCUCUGUCUACAUGGUAUCAAUUGAAAAGGUUAACUACUCGUAAUCUAGUCUUACCUAAUGCUAUAGAGGCAGUUAAGGAAGCCAGUGUUGCAUGGAACAACCUCAUGAGUGCAGUAGAGAGGAAAAAAUUCGAUGCAAAUGAUAGUUCAAUUAAGGCAGGGAAACAGAAACAAUGUCCUCAUUUUCUUAGCAAAACCAAUGCUACAGAACUUGAUGCGGGCGGCUUUAAGUUACGGCUUCCUUGUGGUCUGACUCAGGGUUCUUCCAUCACAAUAAUUGGCAUUCCAAAUGGUCUUCUUGGGAAUUUUCGGGUGGAUUUGACUGGUGAGCCACUACCAGGUGAACCAGAGCCUCCUGUUAUUCUGCACUACAAUGUUAGGCUCCAUGGUGAUAAAAUAACUGAGGAUCCCAUAAUUGUACAAAACACCUGGACAAUUGCACAUGACUGGGGUGAAGAGGAGCGCUGUCCGUUACCCUCAAAUGAAAAGUGCAAGAAAGUGGAUGAAUUAGACCAAUGCAAUGAGAUGGUAGGUAAUGUCAUGGCUACCCGGCAUGUCACUGCAACAAAUAAAUCUAGCUUUGUUCAGGAUGGGGCUAAAUCAAGAAAAUACUUUCCUUUCAAGCAAGGAUAUCUCUCGGUUGCCACUCUGAGAGUAGGCUCUGAAGGAAUUCAUAUGACAGUAGAUGGAAGACACAUAACAUCUUUUGCUUUCCGUGAAACUUUGGAACCAUGGCUCAUAAGUGAAGUGAGGAUAUCGGGAGACAUAAAAUUAAUUUCUGUUGUCGCAAGUGGUUUACCAACAUCAGAGGAUUCAGAGCAUAUAAAUGACUUGGAAGCCUUAAAAGCAGCUCCUCUUCCUCCACGAAAAAGACUAGAUCUCUUUAUUGGUGUAUUUUCUACCGCAAAUAAUUUCAAACGUAGAAUGGCUGUCCGUAGAACGUGGAUGCAAUAUGAUGCGGUGCGGUCUGGACAAGUUGCAGUGCGGUUUUUUGUUGGCUUGCAUAAAAACCAAAUGGUGAAUGGAGAGCUCUGGAAUGAGGCUAGGACAUAUGGAGACAUCCAGCUGAUGCCUUUUGUUGAUUACUACAGUCUUAUCACUUGGAAGACCGUUGCCAUCUGUGUUUUUGGGACAGAGGUCGUUUCUGCAAAGUUUGUCAUGAAGACAGAUGAUGAUGCAUUUGUUCGGGUGGAUGAAAUCUUAUCUUCUAUGGAGAGGAUUAACGUGGCUCGUGGAUUGCUAUAUGGUCUUAUUAAUGCAGAUUCCCAUCCUCAUAGGAGUCAGGACAGCAAGUGGUUUAUCAGUCCAGAGGAAUGGCCUGAAGAAACUUACCCUCCUUGGGCACAUGGACCGGGUUAUGUUGUCUCCAGCGAUAUAGCAAGAACAAUCAGCUCGAAACAGAGAAAAGGUCGCCUAAAGAUGUUUAAGCUGGAAGAUGUUGCUAUGGGCAUCUGGAUUUCAGAAAUGAAGAAAAAAGGGCUGGAAGUGAAGUAUGAAAAGGAAGAGAGGAUUUUUAAUGAAGGUUGCCGUGAUGGUUAUGUUAUUGCACAUUACCAAGGCCCUAGAGAGAUGCUCUGUCUUUGGCAAAAGAUUGAAGAGAAAAAACGAGCUUUAUGUUGUGGUUCUGCUGGUGCUGUUCCCAUGCCUAUAAGAGGCAUUUCAUCACCAGAAUUCAGCACAAAUCUUGGGACUAUUAACAUUUGCUUCAUAUCCGUUGUCAUGACUAAUAUGACUAAGUACAAAUUGGAAUUUAUAGAAUGUGACAAUUUUGAGAUGCAUGAAUGGCCUGAAGAAACUUACCCUCCUUGGGCACAUGGACCGGGUUAUGUUGUCUCCAGCGAUAUAGCAAGAACAAUCAGCUCGAAACAGAGAAAAGGUCGCCUAAAGAUGUUUAAGCUGGAAGAUGUUGCUAUGGGCAUCUGGAUUUCAGAAAUGAAGAAAAAAGGGCUGGAAGUGAAGUAUGAAAAGGAAGAGAGGAUUUUUAAUGAAGGUUGCCGUGAUGGUUAUGUUAUUGCACAUUACCAAGGCCCUAGAGAGAUGCUCUGUCUUUGGCAAAAGAUUGAAGAGAAAAAACGAGCUUUAUGUUGUGGCGAUUAACACAAAGUAGUUUUCGUUUGAGUUCUGAAGGCUCAGAAGUGUCUAUAACUAAGAUUUGACAAACUUCCUGCUGACUUUUUCUAGUAGCUGACCAAGGACACGUACUUGAGGUGGAAUAUUAAAUAGGUCGGGAAGAAGAGGCCAAGGUCAUGCUUAUACCACAUUGUUGUACCAGGCGGUAGAGUAGUUACUAGCAUAUUGAUAUAAGUAGGUGAUUAGGUUAGCUUGUUAAAUAUACCACUAGAUAUUGAUUAGUGAAGAUGUUGGGGAAGGGAUCUGUAUUACAAAGAGAGCCAAGUGGAGGGGCAUUUAUGUUGUAUAGAGCAUGGGCACACUAUGUACGGUGAUUAUUUUGUAUGUAAAUCACACGAUCUCUUGUACCCAUUUCUUGAGUGAUGGAGAGGAUUGAUGUAUACUACAGUAUAUUUUUAUGUUGGAGUUCUUGUCUGCAUUACAUCCUGUAGCAACUGCAAUCCUUAAGUGAACAUGAGAAUUGCUGCUAAUUCCAAUA